AUGACAUUGCAAAAACAAAGACAGAAUUCACAAAUCUCUUUAGUGGACUUACAGAGAUUGCUAAUAAAUAUAUCGGUAGUUAUGCUAUUGAAGAAUCACCCUUUUGUGAAAGACCUUACUGAUCAGCUUGACACAGAUGAACAAAGAGUUAUGUAUCAAAAAAUUAUGGGAGUCGUCGACUCACAAAAUGGUGCAGUCUUCUUCCUACAUGGUUACGGUGGGACUGGUAAGACAUACAUGUGGAGAACACUGGCGGCAGCAUUAAGGUCCAAACAUGAUAUAUGUCUAACAGUCGUAACCAGUGGUAUAGCCUCAUUUUUGUUACCAGGAGGUCGAACUGCGCAUUCAAAAUUUAAGAUACCAGUGCCAACACUAGAUAAUUCUACUUGCAAAAUUGAGUACAAUGAUGAUGUGGGAGACCUUCUUAGACAAACUAAACUAAUUAUCUGGGAUGAGGCUCCAAUGGCACACAAGCAUGCUUUUGAAGCACUUGAACGAACUCUCAGAGAUGUAAUGUCUACAUACAGUAACUCAAAGGAGAUGUUUGGUGGAAAAGUUGUUGUUUUUGGAGGUGAUUUCAAACAGAUUUUACCUGUUGUACCUCGAGGAAGUCGUUCAGAUAUUAUACAUUCUGCCAUAAAUGCGUCUUACAUAUGGAAUUCUGUUCAAGUGUUAACAUUAACCAAAAACAUGCGGCUGCAAUCCGGUCCGUCUGAAAAUGAUAAAAAUGAAAUUCAACAGUUUUCAGAAUGGUUGUUAAGAAUUGGCGAAGGAAAGGUAUCUGAGCCCAAUGACGGUGUGGCAGGAGACAUGCGGGAUUACUAUAGCUCCAAUUCUGUCGAUAAGUCUGAAAUCAAUGACGACACGGUGUAUGAAGGACUAUGUAAUGGAACAAGGUUGAUAGUAACAAAAUUGGGAACACAUGUUAUUGAAGCUUCAAUAAUAGCUGGAAAGAACUGUGGCAAUCAGGUUUACAUCCCACGAAUGGAUAUGUCACCUUCAUAUUCACUAUGGCCGUUCAAGCUCAAUAGAAGACAAUUCCCCAUUAUAGUGUCAUAUGCUAUGACAAUUAACAAAUCCCAAGGACAGUCUUUGGAUACUGUUGGUCUAUACCUACCAAGAGAUGUUUUUACCCAUGGACAAAUAUAUGUUGCACUAUCAAGAGUGGCAACAAAACAGGGAAUCAAAAUAUUAAUUCAUGAUCAACAUGCAAAAGUUAAAACAACAACUACAAAUGUAGUUUACAAGGAGAUCUUCAGCAAUAUAUAA